AUCAAUCCGCCAGCGUGAAAAGUAGUCCCUCUUUUUGGCCGCUCUUAGGAUAUUUAUUUAUUUUCCUGGUUUAGGACCUGUAAAAUAUCUGGGCCCUAAUUUAAUUUUUUCACACGUUUUAUCGCUUACGGCCAUGAUAUGUGUCUUGGCUCUCUAACAUGCUCAGUUUGGUGUGUUCUCACGUCAGUGGCUGUGCGUCUGAUUGAUCUCGAGCGUCGUAUUAGCGUUGUGGGUUCCAAGUGAACAUUUAUUACUCAUUAUGAGCCUAAAUUACGUUUCAUACGACUUUUGUCAACGGGCGUAUGUUCUCUAUGGAUAUUGAAGAUCUGAUUUAAAAUAACUUCCGCCCAGGGAGCGGUGAGGCGCAACAGAGGCAGGAUGGUGGUCGACCCGUCACUUUCAAGGCACCCGGGGUCCGUUCACCAUCGUGCACUGGUGCAGACCUCGGGUAUGACGCCCAAAGAACUGUCAGACAAUGACGAUCUUGCCACAUCUUUCGUAUUGGAUCCCUACUUAGGAUUUGUUACACAUAAAAUGAACAUUCGGUAUCGACCACCUAAAGCAAAUAGAGAAGAAUUGAAAAGUAUAAUAGAAGAAUUUAUUAAAAAGCAGGACUAUAGAAGAGCAUACAAUAGGCUUUUGUCUGUUGAUGCCCUUCACAAGGCCACACAAAUGCGGAGUCGGCAACAGCAGCAAAAACUGGAAGAGCAUCUCUACCGGUAUAUUCGAGUGUUCGACAAGGACUCUGGGUUUAUAAUUGAGCCAUGUUAUCGCUAUUCUUUAGAAGGGCAAAAGGGAGCCAAAAUAUCAACAACCCAAAAAUGGUACAAAAAUGAGAAAAUUCCGUGUCUGGUUGGUUGCAUUGCCGAGCUGUCUGAGGAAGAAGAGGCAAUGCUGCUUCAUCCCGGUAAAAAUGACUUUUCUGUCAUGUUUAGCUGUAGAAAAAAUUGUGCUCAGCUUUGGCUAGGUCCUGCAGCAUUUAUCAAUCAUGAUUGCCGUGCUAAUUGCAAGUUUGUUGCCACUGGUAGGGAUACUGCGUGUGUGAAGGUACUUAGAGACAUUGAAGUGGGUGAAGAAAUCACUUGCUUUUAUGGGGAAGAUUUCUUUGGUGAUGGCAAUGGCUAUUGUGAAUGCAAAACAUGUGAAAGGAGAGGAACAGGAGCCUUUGCCAAGAAUAAGCCUAACAUGGAAGACUUGAGUUCAGGUUAUCGUUUAAGAGAGACCGAAAAUAGAAUUAAUAGGACUAAACAUCAACAUGAAGAGAGCCAUGAGAAAACUGCCACAGAAUCUGAAAGUGUUCCUCUAAGAAACAGAAGUAAUAAUACAAAUAUUAGCACUGCCACUAGCAAAUCAUCCCCAACAUCAACUACUGGUUCUCCAGUUUCAUCAGCAGCAGUAGCUCCCUUAAGUCUCAAAGAGCUGCGUCAGAAAGGCCUUACCAAAUAUGAUGCUGAAAUGUUGAUGCAACAGGGAUGCCGCUUUUCAGAUAUCGGAGCUUUAGAACAAUUGGAACACGUUACAAGGAGGCAAUCUCAAGAUCAAGCGCCGCCCGUAGUAACACCGGACGCCGCUCGCAGCGACGCUGCCGACAGACGGAGGACCAGUGUUUGUCGAGAACAAGACCACGACGGGAGCAACGAGUCAGGAGAAGGCCUUAGUGAAGACGGUAAAAAGUGUGUGCAAGUAGAUAAUCCACCUGACAAAGCGCCGGGCCGGAUCACUCGAUCGUCUCGCCUCUUGCGCAUGUCUGCGGCCAAGGGCGACUGCCCGGGAGUGGCUGAACCCAUUGAGUCUAGAGUGGCCAGUCCACUCCCUGUGUUAGAAAAAUGUGUGCUCAAUGGAAUAAGUGAUGACACUCAAAGUACCACCGGGAGUGAUAUAGACUCGGUGUGCAGUGAAAGGAGAGGGAGACUACGUCAAAGUAAAAAAGGGAAGGAAGGGGAAGAGGUACCUUCGCCUCCAGCACCCUCUCUGUCUCCCCCCCGUGCUGGUAAUUCUGUGAUAAAGGAAGAGAAGGAAGGUCCUCCGGUCCUAGAACUAAAUACAGAAGUAGGUGGAUCAUCAUCUGAUGUCUUGGCCAAACUAGAACCUAAAGAUCCUAAAGUGACCACAACAAAAGCACCAAGACUGAGAAAUGGGCGCUUUGUAAGUAGGAAAGCUGUGGCUGAAAUCAGUGCAAGUAAGAGCAGAGACAUACCAAAAAGAUCCCAAGAAAGGAUCCGUAAAACCUCUUCUUGUGAUGAUUCCACCAAAGAUGUUUAUGAGUUUGAUGAGUUUGACGAUUGUGAGAGAAGUCCAAAAGCCUUAAGACAUUUACGUGGGUCUGGAGAUAGCGCUAAACCUGACCAGCAACCAUCGUGCUCUGAACAGACCUUUCAAAACUGCAAUGAAGUAACUCCUGAGAGGCCUUCAGGGCGUCUUAAGCUGACUCUUAGAAUGAAGCGUAGUCCCAUGUUUGAUGACAUAAUUGAAUGGAGACGAAAUAUGAAUGAGGAAUGUUUUGAACCUCAAUAUGAAGUUUUACGUGUUGAAGGAAUUGACGAAGAAGAAACUAGAGAAAAAAGCAGUCCUAAGAAAAAGAAAAAACAUAAAACAAAAGAUAGAGAUAAGAGGAGACGGAAGCUCAAGGAGGAAUCUUCCAGGUGUAAUGGUAGUGAAGAGACAACCAUUCCGCUCAAAAGAUUGCGACUUAUAUUGGGCAAUGAAACUAGAACAAUAGAUAUUCCAAGCUCUACACUGAGUGCUUGAUUUGUGUGGUCUGGUUUUGCUACUAUUGUUGCAUUUUAUUAGUUACUUGUAUGUAUUUUUAUGUCUGAAAAUUAAUUGUACUCAAGUUUUAACCUAAGGAAAGGUUAAACAUGAGACGUACACCCUAUCUUGUCAUCUGUUACACCCCCUUCAACAACAAAUGCCGUUAAUGGAGUAUCACUGAAGGUAUCAUGCACGCAGGAGAAUUUUCUAGUAUCUUAUUAUGCAUUCUUUUUUUUUUUGUAUAGAUUUACUAUCAAACCAAUUUUAACUGUAAAUUUAUUGGAAAUGGUUAGCUGUCAUGUUUCUAAAUUGAGCAGUCAUGCUCAUAAGUUGCAUAUCAAAUCUAGAAUUCAAAAGGAAUUACUGGAAGAAUAAAAGAAAUUUCCUUGGUGAAUCUUUUACACACAAGGUUCCCUUGUUUCCUUUCUCUAGGUUUUGCAAUUAACUUUGCAAAAGUUUGUUGCCAUCUGUACUUGAAUGCAUCACUAAGCAAAUAAGGCAGUAAUUCUUGUCACUGAUUGUUCUAAUAACAACCAUUACUUCAUUUGUGGGCCACAGAAAUGUCUAGCAGCUUAGGUCAUUUGUCUAUUCCAUUUUCACUUAGUCUUUCUUUUACGGUACUUACUCAAAAGACGCAUUCAUGGUUUCACUUUUAAAUUCCAGUUUGUUGUAUUUUUCUUUUUUCUUUCAUGGCCUGUAAUUCUUUAGCUGUACUAUUUUUUCUAUGUUUUUUAUGUUUUCCUUUGAUAGUGACAGUUGAAGUUCAAAGUUGAAAACCCUAUUUCGUUUUCAUUUUUCUUUCUUUUUUUUUGUUUUUUUGUUUUUGGGUGUAGAUACUGACCUAUUCAUUUCAGUUGAAAUUUAUUAGUUAGGCUCUUGUGUAGUUAAGUGGCUGCCUUUUUUGUUUAUUUUUAAAAUCUUUAAUUAAAAUUAUGUCUUGUUAUUUUGAUUAGAAGUUUCUAUGCAUCAUUGUUACCUUGUUGACUUAACUGAAUCUGACGUCUUCAUGUAUCAUAAAUUAAUUGACUGGCUUUCUUUUAAGUUUGCUUUGGUCUGUUUGUAAUCUGGCUAACUAGUCAGUUAACUAUCUGACAUGUACUAUAGUCAUGGGUUUAAACAAGAUUUUUAAGUAAUUUUUCCCUUAAUUUACCCGAGGAAAUGUUCGUACUUCCCAAAUUAUUAGCACAAUAUAUGUAUUAAGAAUAAUUAUUCUUAUUACAAGGUAUGUUGUAACUGUCAGUUAAGCCUGCUUAUGAGAAGCCAAAGGAUCUGAAUUAUGGUGCUUCACUGUAUAUGACAUUUCACCCUUGCUGUGGCCUUUCAAAGUGUACCAAAGGAACCAGUGCUUUUUUCUUGCUAUUUGUCUGUGCAAUAUGACCUAAGUAAAGCUCAUAGCUCUUUGCUAUCUAUAUUUGUUUUUAACUUAAAGUAUGUUUCUUUUUAUGAUCGUUGUUCAAUUGGAAAUUCAAUUAAGAACAACUGCAAGAAUGAGGUUUUAAAUUUUGUUUUACUUACAUCUAAAUGUGAUGUACAUAUAUAGCAGAAUUCUGUGAAUAUGAGCAUCGGUAACAAAACCAUUUAUGGCAUAUAGACUUUAUGCACUGCCAGUUGUGCUACAUUGAUGCUGUUGAGGCUUGAGAAUUAUCUUUUCAAAUUUGGAUCCUUUUAUUGUUUUUAUGUCAAGAAGAUCUGACAGACAUUUUUGUGGUACAGCUGAUUGGAGGAAGUCCUAAAAAAAACUACUUGUGUUCAAAGUUGUCUUCGUAACAAUUUUGUCUUGUUUAAAAUACAGCUUGCAUGCUGUGUUUGUAAAUAUUUAAAGAAAGAAAAAAUAAACAAAAUAUAAGACUGGGGAACAAACAAACCUAAGGCGAGGAACUGGUGUAUGUAAAACCCUAGUUGUUUCCAUUAUACAUACAUAAGAAAUGUGAUAAAAUGAUUAACAGAUAGUGUAUUUGUAAAUAGUUAAUUUGAGAGAAAAAACUGUUGUUGAUGAUUGCAUACUGUUACUUUAAAAAUAAAAAAAAAAAGAUUUGUCUCUUGUAAGCUCAGUUUUGUUUGUAGGUCGUGCCCCCAGAGGCCAUAUCACUGUCGAGCUUUUUUUUUCUUUUUCCUUUGGGGAGUGGGGGGGGGGGCAGGGGGAAUUGGUGUGCUGUAAGUAACAAAUGAUCACCCCCCUUGGACAUGCAUGUAGCUGAAUACGUUUCCAUAGUUAUAAUUUGUUUUGUGUUCAUUUAGAUUUUCAACUUAUGUGAUGUGUACAUGUAACUAAUACAUAAUUUACAUAAUUGCUUACUACAAAUUUUAUGUUAUUUUUUUCUUUAGAAAAGAAUGAAGUAAAGAAACAUGUGAUUUGACAACAUUUUCUUAUCUUUGCCAAGCCUUCCUAAUGUUAUAUUCUGUUGCAGUUUAGCAGUCCCCUUUCAAUCUGGCCCAGACAAGUAUCUCUUUUUAUUGCUUUUAGUUUAUACACAAGACUGCACUGCCAAGAGGUGUGAGUUAGGUUGUUUUUUGUUGUUGUUUUUUUUUUUUGUAAAGUGUGUCUUAUAGCCUUCAUGAUAUAGACAUAACUAAGUAUUACCAUUGAUACAAGAAGUCUAUUUUUCUCCCAAAAGAGCCAUCAUAAGGAAAUAUGUGUAUGCUUCUUGAACCCACAUUUUUGUGUGUCAAAGAUGAAAACCACUGUGAAUUGAAUAUCAAUACAAACGAUAAAAAAAAAAAGGUAAUUUCAAGUAUAUGUCCAAUGAUUGCAAAAACUGUCUGAAUUACCCAAUAAACAGAGCACAACUGCCAAACUGAA